GUUAGAUGCGUCUUAACCGUGAUAGAGAAAUUAAAGAGCAAAAAAGGGGAGAGAACUCCAUCUGUACUACGCAGUUUUGCAUCGCAAUCCAGAUAGAUUUCUGAAAAAAUAUAUGGCACGUGAACUUAACUAGGUUGACUAGGCAAAGCGAUUUUAUUGGACUUUCUUUCAGGGCUGAAGCAUGGCUUGGCUGAUCUUCUGGAUUCAAAUCUCAUUAUGUGCGAGUAAUACUUUUGGAAACUUUGCCAUCAAUGAAAAUAUACAUUCUGAAAAUAUAACACGCAUUUUAGAUAGACUAUUGGAUGGUUACGAUAACAGACUCCGACCCGGAUUUGGAGGUCCUGUUACAGAAGUCAAAACAGAUAUAUAUGUAACCAGCUUUGGUCCUGUUUCAGAUGUUGAGAUGGAAUAUACAAUGGAUGUGUUUUUCCGUCAGACAUGGAUUGAUGAAAGACUUAAAUUUGAUGGUCCUACAGAAAUACUUAGGUUAAAUAACUUAAUGGUCAGUAAAAUCUGGACUCCAGAUACAUUUUUCAGAAAUGGAAAAAGAUCUCUAUCUCACAACAUGACAACUCCAAAUAAGCUUUUCAGAAUCAUGCAGAAUGGGACAAUUCUCUACACAAUGAGGUUGACCAUUAAGGCGGAGUGCCCUAUGAGACUGAUGAAUUUUCCAAUGGAUGGACAUGCCUGCCCGCUAAAGUUUGGAAGCUAUGCAUAUCCCAAGAGUGAAAUCAUUUAUACCUGGAAACGAGGCCCGCUUUAUUCAGUGGAAGUACCUGAAGAAUCAUCAAGUCUUCUCCAGUAUGAUUUAAUUGGACAAACCGUUUCAAGUGAAACAAUGAAAUCCAAUACAGGUGAACAUAUUGUAAUGACGGUACAUUUCUACUUGCAAAGGAAAAUGGGCUAUUUUAUGAUACAAACAUAUAUACCCUGCAUUAUGACAGUCAUUCUCUCUCAGGUUUCAUUUUGGAUCAAUAAGGAAUCGGUUCCUGCUAGAACUGUUUUUGGUGAAUAUUCCCAGCAAGUUGUCCUGUUUUAUCUUCGUCGGAAAAUAGGUUACUACAUCAUCCAUACAUACAUUCCAUGCAGCAUGACUGUUGUUUUGUCUCAGGUUGUGUUUUGGAUCAACAAAGAAUCAGUACCAGCAAGGACUGUUGCUGGAAUUACAACUGUUCUUACAAUGACCACCCUAAGCAUCAGUGCACGACACUCGUUUCCAAAAGUGUCUUAUGCCACAGCUAUGGACUGGUUCAUCGCUGUUUGUUUUGCCUUUGUGUUCUCUGCACUUAUUGAAUUUGCUGCAGUAAACUAUUUCACCAAUCUUCAAUCACAGAAAGCAAUGAUGAAAGCAGUUAAGGAAUCGGUACUAUCUGCAGUUACAGUACCUUCAGAUGGUGAAAUUGUAAUGCAGUCUGAUUCCAACUGCAAUUUAAAAAAAAGAAUGAACUCAUUGGCUUCACAUGGGAAUCUCUCUCUUGAAGACAGCAUUCCAACCUACACACCACAAUAUUGUCAACAAACUGAUUGUCCUGCUCCAGAUUUUACACAGUUGGGAACUUCAUCCAACCCUCAUGUGGGAACAAGCAAAAUAGACCAAUAUGCCCGAAUUUUAUUUCCAGUAGCAUUUGCAUCAUUCAAUUUAGUGUACUGGGUGGUUUAUCUUUCCAAAGACACUAUGGACUUAAAUAGUAAUAUGUAAACUUUCAGGCAAAAAGGUAGGUCCCUAUUUAGAAUAAGUUUUGUACUAUCUCCUCAUCCCAAUAUACUUUGUGAUGUAAUCAUAUACAUGCCCAAUAAACACAUCAAAUCAAAUUCCAAAUAUAUCCCGUAUGUAUGGUUUUUGAAAUGGCGCACACACACAAUGUAAAACUCGAUGAUGUAUAA